AUGCUGUCGGGGGGGAAGAAGGCCGCAGAGGCGGCGGCGGGCGGUGAGGGCGGGCCUGAGACGCCGGUGCCUCCGCCCGCCGCCGCGGGGGCCCUGGGCUCCUCGGCUGAGAGCGGGGGGGCUGCGGAGCGCACUCCCCGCAAGAAGGAGCCGCCGCGGGCCUCGCCCCCAGGCGGUCUGUCCGAGCCGUCGGCCGCCGGCACCGCCCCCGCGCCCGGCGCGGAAACUACCGGCAUCGCCGAGACCCCCGAGGGUCGCAGGACCAGCCGCCGCAAGCGGGCCAAAGUGGAGUAUAGAGAGAUGGAUGAGAGCCUUGCAAACCUGUCAGAAGAUGAGUAUUACUCUGAAGAAGAGAGAAAUGCUAAAGCUGAGAAAGAGAAAAAACUACCACCACCGCCUCCACCAGCUCCUGCAGAAGAGGAGAAUGAAAGUGAGCCAGAGGAGCCGUCUGGGCAAGCAGGAGGACUUCAAGACGACAAUUCUGGAGGGUAUGGAGACGGCCAAGCAUCAGGUGUGGAGGGUGCAGCUUUCCAGAGUAGACUUCCACAUGACCGUAUGACAUCUCAAGAAGCUGCCUGCUUCCCUGAUAUAAUCAGUGGGCCACAGCAGACCCAGAAGGUGUUUCUGUACAUCAGGAACCGCACCCUGCAGCUCUGGUUGGAUAACCCAAAGAUUCAGUUGACAUUUGAGGCAACUAUCCAACAAUUAGAAGCACCUUAUAAUAGUGAUACGGUGCUUGUUCACAGAGUACACAGCUAUCUGGAACGGCAUGGUCUAAUCAACUUUGGUAUCUACAAAAGAGUGAAGCCCCUUCCAACCAAGAAGACUGGAAAGGUGAUCAUUAUUGGUUCUGGAGUGUCUGGGUUGGCAGCAGCUCGCCAGUUGCAGAGUUUUGGAAUGGAUGUCACAGUUCUGGAAGCCAGGGACCGAGUAGGAGGAAGAGUUGCUACCUUUCGCAAAGGGAACUACGUGGCUGAUCUAGGAGCAAUGGUAGUAACAGGACUCGGAGGAAAUCCCAUGGCUGUGGUCAGCAAACAAGUGAAUAUGGAAUUGGCUAAGAUCAAACAAAAAUGCCCACUUUAUGAAGCAAACGGACAAGCUGUUCCAAAAGAGAAAGAUGAAAUGGUGGAGCAAGAAUUUAAUCGUCUACUGGAAGCUACCUCCUAUCUCAGUCAUCAGCUGGAUUUUAAUGUUCUCAAUAAUAAGCCUGUCUCCCUAGGUCAGGCUCUGGAAGUUGUCAUACAAUUGCAGGAGAAGCAUGUGAAGGAUGAGCAGAUCGAACACUGGAAAAAAAUUGUGAAAACACAGGAGGAAUUGAAAGAUCUUCUUAACAAGAUGGUGAAUUUAAAAGAGAAAAUUAAAGAACUUCAUCAACAGUAUAAGGAAGCAUCAGAAGUGAAGCCACCUCGGGAUAUUACAGCAGAGUUCCUUGUGAAAAGCAAACACAGAGAUCUGACUGCUCUUUGCAAGGAGUAUGAUGAAUUGGCAGAAACACAAGGAAAGCUGGAAGAGAAGUUACAAGAACUUGAAGCCAAUCCACCAAGUGACGUUUAUCUGUCAUCAAGAGACAGGCAAAUACUCGACUGGCAUUUUGCAAACCUAGAAUUUGCUAAUGCUACACCCCUGUCUACGCUUUCUCUGAAGCACUGGGACCAGGAUGAUGACUUUGAAUUCACUGGCAGUCACUUGACUGUGAGGAAUGGCUAUUCCUGUGUGCCUGUAGCCUUGGCAGAAGGGUUGGAUAUUAAAUUAAACACAGCAGUUCGACAGGUUCGCUACACAGCAUCAGGCUGUGAAGUGAUAGCUGUAAAUACCCGAUCUACCAGCCAGACUUUCAUUUACAAAUGCGAUGCUGUGCUGUGUACUCUUCCCUUGGGAGUGUUGAAACAGCAGCCUCCAGCAGUGCAGUUUGUGCCGCCUCUUCCGGAGUGGAAAACUUCCGCAGUGCAGCGUAUGGGAUUUGGCAACCUUAACAAGGUUGUGUUGUGUUUUGAUCGUGUCUUCUGGGAUCCAAGUGUCAAUUUGUUUGGUCAUGUUGGUAGCACUACUGCCAGCAGAGGAGAACUUUUCUUGUUUUGGAACCUGUACAAAGCACCAAUUCUGUUGGCCUUGGUAGCAGGAGAAGCUGCAGGGAUCAUGGAAAAUAUCAGUGAUGAUGUCAUUGUUGGACGGUGCCUUGCCAUCCUCAAAGGCAUAUUUGGUAGCAGCGCUGUGCCACAGCCCAAGGAGACAGUGGUAUCCCGCUGGCGUGCUGACCCGUGGGCCCGGGGAUCAUAUUCCUACGUAGCAGCUGGAUCUUCUGGAAAUGACUAUGAUUUGAUGGCUCAGCCAAUUACUCCAGGGCCGGCCAUUCCAGGUGCUCCUCAGCCUAUUCCUCGCCUGUUUUUUGCGGGAGAACAUACAAUUCGCAACUACCCUGCAACUGUUCAUGGUGCUUUACUGAGUGGACUGAGAGAAGCCGGUCGAAUUGCAGACCAGUUUCUUGGGGCCAUGUAUACUUUGCCUCGCCAGCCUACACCUGGGGUCCCUGCACAACAAGCUGCCAGCAUGUGAGAAAAGGAGAAGGCAUCAAAAGAGGAGUGACAAGACCACAAUGCUGCUCUGGUGGCCUCUUUGGGAUGAAGAUCUUCACGUAGUCCUUCCUCUGCUGAAAGGACUUACCCAUGAGUUGGUGUAGGACACUUCCACUAGAACGGUCUUACAGAAACGUACUUAACAUUUGGCUUGGCAUCCUCUUACAAAAUCUAUUAUAGUGAUUUGAAGUGCCACUCUACACAUAAUCCUUUACUACCAAGCUGGUCAGGGACUUUUUUUGACUGGAGUUAUUUUUUGAAAGUCAAGCUUAUAUCUGGAGGUUUUUUAGUUUGGUUUUUUUUUCUACCUAUACAUGUAUUUACAACUUGGUAAUUGCACAAGGCCCUCUAUAAGCUGGUUGCUACGAAUAGUAGCUUAGUGUAGAAUCUGUGUAAACUUCUUUGUUGUUUGGGGUUUUUUUUAUCGUUUUGAAGAAUAAUAUUUUUGACCACGUCUAUUCUCAUGUGGCAUUUGAGAAUUUGGUGCAACUGUUUCCCUAGCAGCAACAGCACAUCCCACCACUCCAAUGUCAUCCAUAGGCUGCUACACCAUAUGCAUCCUGUUUUAGAGUGAAAGCUGGUAUUACUAAGAGUGUGCUAAGCAUACUGUUUUAUUAAAUACUUUCAACAAAAGAGAGCAUCAGAAUUGGAUAUUUGUAAGUUAAAAACUCAUUAAAUUACUGCUAUUUGUUUAUAUAGAAACAGCAUUGCCUAAAUAGCCAGUCAGCUGAAGGACCUAAACUCUUCACUUCUGAACACUGCAGGUAGAUACUUUGUGUACCUGUUGAUUUCCUUUCUGCUAGGAUGAUGAGAAGAUGUUGCAGGUGCCAUUGUUACACUUCUAAAAAUCACUUUGGUUUGGUUGCUUUUCCAAAUAUUUCCCUUCUUAUUAAUUCAGUACAUUUCUUUCCUUGCACAGAGCAGUCCUACUUAAACAUCUAGAUCCCUUUUUCCCCUCUCCUCCUUUGCCCGUUCAGCAUUAGGCUUUUCUUAUUUCUUCCCACUUUUCUUAUCCUCCUCUUUCUACAGUUUAUUUCUGUCUCAUCUAACCGUGGUCUUUAUUCAUGCUGUUUUUUCUACUUUUCAUUUUUUCUGUUCUUGCUCUCUCUGGCACAGAGAUACCUCAGAGCUGCUGUGCUGCAGCCCCUGCCCUGCAUUGCCCAGUUUCUUGUGGUUGUCUAAGCAGAGGGAAGCAGUGGCUGGGUGAGUGUCAAGGACUGCUGCCUUCAUUCCAUUUGUGUCCUGUGGAAUUGCUGGGAUGGAGGGAGGAGUUUAGGGGGAAGCACUGUCACCUCAAGGCCAGCUGGAGCUUGUAGACCUGGAAAAGGUGGCCUGAGCUCAUAGUGACAAGUCAUCUUAAUGUUGGGGUUUAGCUCUGCCCAGCCACAUAGUGAAAAUUCCCUUGUUUGUCCAGGAGCAGGAUGGUCUCACACUCUUUGCAGCACUAACAGUGCCUGAUAUUCCUCAAGCAGGUACUCUCCCAGCAGUUAGCAGCUCUUGCCCUGCUGCUUCUCUCAUCCCAGGAGUGCCUUCUGCUGUGCCUCAGGUGGUGGCUCUGAGUCCAGACUUAACCGUGUGUGUGCUUAGGAGCAUCCUGCUCUCUGCUUCCUCUGCCAGGGUCUGUUAGACGGACCGUUGGUCUGACCCAUAACGGCUGGUCCUAUUUAAGUGCUGCCUGUGUAGUCUUCCUACCACUGACCUACUGAGGAGGAGGCGGCACUGUAACUCAAUGGGUCCCUCUUGAUCUCAACAUCCUUCCUCGUGGUGUAGCCAUUCUUCCCCUUGCUGCUGUUUGUUUGCCAUAACUUCCCUGGAGGGAUUGCCUGAGCCUGUAGCGUGUCUUUCCACCUAGUCUCAGGGACUUGCCACUUCUCACUCUAUUCCAUGUGUAGAUGAAUUGUGUUUCUGACAACAAAACUGAUUGGUGCCCAUUUUGGAAAGAAAAAUGUUCUUCUAUAGUUGAACUUCCCUUUUUGUACUGAAGAUGAAGGACCACAGUAAUCUGCCCUGGGGUUCUGAAUCCUGAGUGAAUCCCUGCACUCACUGGUCAGAUUGUGACUUUUGGAUGGGGCAGUUUACGUUUCUCGGUUCUCCAGAUGUCUGUGUUUUUGUCAAGUGCUAGUGUCUACUUUGCAAUAAACUACUGUUAGCUCAGGGUCUUUGUGUUCAGUCUUUGUAUGGAACUGAGAAUAUUUGCUGUGGUCUUGCCUGUAGUGGAAAUGAAUUGCAAAGCAUGGGUUCUCCCUGUUUUGUUAUCUUAGUAAUUGACAGGAUCAUAAACCGAGAGGAACUGCUUCACUGGGGUGCUUCAGUUUCUUUUUUUAUUAUGAAUCUUUUCACCUGACUGUGUCUCUUCAUAGAUUUCUAAAAAAGUUCAACUGAGGGUCCUGUGGUGCUCAGAGUUAAUCUUGUAGUCUUUAAGCCAUGAAGUGGCUCCAUAAAGUGAAGUGACUAAACUUUAUUUGUAUAAUAUUUACCAAAAGAGAAUUAGAUGCCAUGGCUGGUUUGUUUUCAAGUUUGCUGCUUUUACCAAUUAUUCUUUGCAAUUUCCAAUGUAUCUAAUUUAUGAAGCUGUAAUUUCUUGUUCAUUUGGAAGGAAUAUUGAAACUUACAGGAACAUUCUUCCCCAAAGCACACAGAUAUUACAGCACUAUUGGCCUGCUUCCAGACCUUAUGCUCUGGGUGUUACCAGGAUCAGCUGGAUAAAUAUCCAAAAAACCCACAAGUCAUCACCUUUAGAAGGUCAGUGGAGAGUGAAAGCAUCCCUUUAAUUAACUGUGCAUAUCACUCAUGCAAUGAAUCUUACGCAAAGAACACUGUCUUAAAAUUAAUUUUUUCCAGCUUUGCCCAUUUGUCUGUUGUUCUGUUGUUCCUCUACAAGCGCCGUUGUCUUGUUAAUAGCAAAGCUCCUGCAGAGCUUGUGGAGCCUCUCCAUUCCUUUCAGGUGCUAAUAGGCAUCAAGUAAACGUGGUGUUUAGAAAUUCCCUGGAAAACCUCAGUCUCAUAGGGCUGAGAAAUGCAAUAAAAUACCCAAUGCAAGUAUUCACA